UGCGCGUCGCUGCCCCUCUGGCCGUCGUUGGCAUCCUGCUCGAGCCCGUGGGCCCGAGGAAGAUGGAGACGAUGGAUGAUGGGAAGGAGCAGCGGCUGCCUCGUGAUGACCUCGUGGGAGCAGACGGUGACAAAGACCAUCAACGAGGCUGCUACUGUUUAAUGCCGAUGGGUUCAUUAACUGUGUGGAGACCUUUUAUUAUGGUGAUGAUGACAAACAAGAUCAAGCUGUCAAUUUUGAAUUAAAGAAGGAUCAUUUGCAAAGAAGCUUGCGAGGAGUUGUCAAAAUUUUGAUUAUAAUGCAGGUAUGCAUUCUGAUUUUGUGAAGUCUAAUUUAUGCAAUACAUUGUUAACUUGAUUCUGUGCUUUAAUUCAUAUCAUCAUGGUGGAGGCUCCAUGGAACUGAAGCACCAGCUCUACAAAGGAUGGCUGUGAGAAUCCUCUCAUUGACAUCAAAUUCUUCAGUCUGUGAAAGGAAUUGGAGUACCUUCGAAAAUAUACAUACGAAGAAAAGAAAUAGGCUAACUACAGAACGUCUAAACUCUCUUGUGUUCAUACAAUUCAACUCGAGAAUGAUGGCCAAGAAACAAAUGAUCAAGGAGAAGAAGAUCACUGAUGUCCUCUUAUCCGCUGAAACUACUGAAGCUCAAGGUUUUCUUUUUGAGGGCGGAGAUGAUUAUGCAGAAGUCAUCUAUAUGGAUAAAGAUGAGGAGGAGAUGAAUAGUACAGGGAUGCCAGGGAGUGGCAUUGGAGAAGCAAUGGGAGGCGAUGAACUGCUCGAGCCACGUAGAAGUGCGAGACCAAAACAACUUUAUGAAGAAGAAGAAUUUGAUUCUGAAGAAGAAUUUGAUUCUGAAGAAGAGGAGUUUGAUGAUGAGGAGGAGAUGCAUUCAGAUGAGGAGAAUGGCUAUUGAUAAUUGAGGAGACUCAAAUGAACAUGUGUCUUUUCUUAAGUACUUUUUAUAUAUUAUAUCUUUAUGUCAUUGAGUCGAACAGUUUGUGUGUGCGUCCAUGUGGAAUUUCCCUUUUUGACUUGUGAGAGAAGUCUUCCCAAUAAGAUUCUAGGAAUUAAAGAACUUCAUUUUGAUGUGUGAACUGUUGAACUCAUAAUUUAUAAUGCUAUGCCAAUUGGGUUUGUAUGA